AUGACCUCGGCGGGGGAGGCGGCCGGUUCCCCCCCUCUGCCCGCCGCGGUCGGCGGCCAUCGGCGAAGCCCCCUGGACCGGCUCCCGCCCCCCGCCAACACCACCAAACCGCUGACCCCUUUCGGCAUCGAGGACAUCCUGGGACGCCCCCACGGCGGGAGCCCCCCCGGGACUGGGACCGGUCCCGCCGCCCCCCCCGCCCCGGCGGGGCCCCGCGGCGGCGGCUGCGCCCCGGCCUCGCCGCUCUGGGCGCUGGAGGAACUCGCCAGUAAAACCUUCAGGGGGCUGGAGCUGGGAAUGCUGCAAGCAGCCGGAGGUCCGUCCCCGUCGGGCGCCCCGGGCCCGCGCCCUCCCUGCAGGAAGCGUCGCAAGUCCCGGACCGCGUUCACGGCGCAGCAGCUGCGGGAGCUGGAGCAGCGGUUCCGGCGGCAGCGCUACCUCUCCCCGGUGGACCGGGACGCGCUGGCGGCGCGGCUGGCGCUCUCCGCCGCCCAGGUCAUCACCUGGUUCCAGAACCGCCGCGCCAAGCUCAAGCGGGACCUGGAGGAGCUGCGGGCGGACGUGGCCUCGCUGCAGGCGCUGCCCCCCGCCGCCCUCCAGCAGCUGGCGGGGCUGCCCGAGCCCCCGGGGGCUGCCGGUACCGGCACCGCGGCGCCCGCCGAGCUCUCGGAGGAGGAGAUCGACGUGGCGGACUGAGCCGAGCCCGCUCGGACCGACUGGCCCCGCUCGGUUCUGCUCGGCACCGCCCGGGCCGACACUGCUCCGUUGGGCUCCACUCGCCUCGGUCCCGAACGGAGCCCGGCCCGGCCCGGCCCCGCCCCCUCGGUGCACCCGUUUUUGGGUAUUUUUUUUUUGUUCAUCUUUCCCCUGGCUCUUUUUUUUUUUUUUUAAUUUUAUUUUCUAUCGGCCCCGGUGUAAAUAUUUGCAAUAAAGGCAACACCUUAUUAUGGAACCCUGA